AUGGCGAGGGCACCGUGGGUGGUUCUGUGCCUGCUGGGGCUGACCUCGCUGGCCUCGGGCUACCUGGCGGUGUUGCCCUCGAGUCUGCCGCCGGGAAGCGUCGUCUUCGAGGCGGGGGUGCGGCUGGGCGGGCGCCGGAGGUACGAGGCCUCCAGCGAGCGGACCGCCUGGUUCGCCCGGAAGCUGCUCAAGGUGCAUCCGCACACCGGCCGGGUGACCCUGUCUCGGAGCCUGAGCUGCGACGGGCUCCAGUAUCCCCGGAUCUUCACCUUCUACAUCGACUCGACGAGCUCGCGGCUGGGCAGACCGACCGUGGACUACUACAGCCUGCCACUGAGGGUUCUGGUAGCGGGCUGCGGGGGCGAGAACCAGGACCUGGCGGCCACCAGGGGUUGGGUGGCCGAGACCCUGGCCUCCUACGCGAUGCCCAGCACCGAGCGGUUCUCCGAGAUAUGCCUGCGGACGUCCCAGCUGGUGGCGGCCCUGAGGGACUUCCUGCCCCACACGGCGUUGAGGGACUGCGAGACCAGGUGGGGGGGCGUCGCCGAUCCCCGGUUCCUGGUCGAGGGAGUGGCCGGCGACCUGGUGUCCGCCUCGGAACAGUGCCUCGUGGACCCGCUCUGGAAGGUCUCGGUGUCCAUGCACCUGCGCUGCGGCUCGACGCACCUGGCCGACGCGGAACACCGGCUCAAGAUCGUCUUUCACCAUCGACAGCUGGACGACACCGACCUGGGGAGAAGGGUGCGCAGGGAGCUGCGGAACCAGUCGCCGUUCUUCGAGCAGGCGCUCUACGUGGCGGCGGUGGAGGAGGAGAGGGACGCGGGAGCGUCGGUGGCCGUCGUCCGGGCGAGGGAUCCCGAGGGGGGCGCCGUCCGCUACUCCAUGAGCUCCCUCCUGGACGCCCGGUCGCAGGCCCUCUUCCAGCUGGACCCCGUCACCGGGAGAGUCACGACCAGGGCCCGGCUGGACAGGGAAAACCUGGAGGUCCACUAUUUCCGGGUGCUGGCCGUGGACGACUCGUUCCCCCCGAGAACCGGGACCACCACCCUGCAGGUCAACGUCUUGGACACCAACGACCACGCUCCCGUCUUCGAGUGGCCCGAGUACGAGGCGUCCGUCAGGGAAGGCGUGCCCGCGGGGUCCACGGUCGUCGCCGUCAAGGCCACGGACCAGGACGCCGGGAGGAACGCCGAGGUCGAGUACUCGAUCGCGUCCACGUCCGGCGGAGGCACGACCUCCCUGACGGAGGACUCCUCCACCUUUAGGGUGGAUCCUCGGUCGGGUGUGGUCACCACCAGGACCUCCCUCGACCGCGAGAAGACAGAGGUGUACACGGUCGUCCUCGGGGCGUCGGACCUGGCGACUCCCCCGUCGGUCCGUAAGACCGCUACGACGACCCUCGUGGUGCGAGUCCUAGACGACAACGACAACUAUCCCCAAUUCUCCGAGCGCACGUACUCGGUCUCCGUUCCCGAGGACCUGGACUACACGAGCAACCCCAUCGUCGCCAGAAUCCGAGCCACCGACGCGGACAGCGGGAACAACGCCGCUCUGCGAUACGCCAUCAUCGGCGGGAACACGCAGAACACCUUCUCCAUCGACUCUCUGAGCGGCGAUGUUGCCCUCGUCAAGCCCCUGGACUACGAGUCCGCCAGGAGCUACAGAAUCGUCGUCCGGGCCCAGGACGGGGGGGUUCCGGCCAGAUCCAACACGACGCAGCUGCUGGUGCACGUCAAGGACGUCAACGACAACGCCCCGAGGUUUUACACCAGCCUCUUCCAGGAGGCGGUGUCCGAGGGGGUCCCGGUGGGGUACGCGGUGCUGAAGGUACAGGCCUACGACGCGGACGAGGGCGCCAACGCGCGGAUCGAGUACUCCAUCGGUGCCCGGGACCUCUCCGGAGCCUCCACGGAGCAUUUCCCGGUGUCCGUCAACGCGGAGACCGGGUGGAUCUAUACCACCGAGCAGCUGGAUCGGGAGCGAUGCUCCAAGUACCAGUUCACUGUGAUCGCCAGCGACGCCGGGGAGCCCCCGAGGGCCGCCAGCGCGACCGUCGUCCUGACCAUCACCGACGUCAACGACAACGACCCCUUCUUCGAGCCCAAGAACUACGAGGCCGUGGUGUCCGAGGACGACCCACCGGGGACGCCGGUGGCCUCCGUCACCGCCACCGACCCCGACGAGGACGCGAGGAUCCACUACGAGCUGACGGCCGGCAACACCCGGGGCCGUUUCUCCGUCACCUCCCAGAACGGAAGGGGCCUCGUCACCGUGGCCCAGCCCCUGGACUACAAGCAGGAGAAGCGGUUUGUCCUCACCGUCACCGCCUCCGACUCCGGGGGCCGAACCGACACUGCGCUCGUCUACGUUAACGUGACGGACGCCAACAACUUUGCCCCCGUCUUCGAGAACGCCCCGUAUUCGGUCUCCGUCUUCGAGGACGCCCCCGUGGGCACGACCGUCCUGGUGGUGAGCGCCACGGACUCGGACGUCGGGCAGAACGCUCAGGUGACUUACGUCCUGGGGACGGACACCGUCGACCAGGAGGCCCCGGAGUUCGCUAUCAACCCCCAGACGGGGGCCGUCACCACGACCAGGACCCUGGACCGCGAGCAGGUCUCGGGCUAUCUACUGACCGUCACGGCUAGGGACGGAGGGGUGCCGCCCCUCUCGGACACGACCGACGUGGAGAUCUCCGUGACCGACGUCAACGACAACGCGCCCGUUUUCGAAGCCCCCCAGUACCAGGGCUCGGUCCCCGAGGACGCUCUGGUGGGCACAAGCGUGCUCCGGGUCGCCGCCAGCGACGCCGACGUGGGCCUGAACGGGCGGGUGAGGUACGCCCUCGAGGACGACGGGGAUGCCUCCUUCGCGAUCGACCCCACGACCGGCGUGGUCCGCACGUCCAAACCCCUGGACCGAGAGUCCGUCGCCAGGUACGUCCUGAAGGCCGUGGCCGUCGACCGGGGCUCUCCUUGCCUGUCCUCCGUCGUCCCGAUCGUCGUCAAGAUCGAGGACGUCAACGAUUCGCCCCCGGCCUUCGAGAGCGACAAGAUAAUCCUGUACAUCGCCGAGAACUCCCCGGUGGGCUCCACCGUGGGCGAGAUCUACGCCCACGACCCCGACGAGGGGCCGAACGCUGUGGUGCAGUACUCCGUCAUCGGCGGGGAGGACGCCAACGGCUUUGCCCUGAACACCAGGCCCGGAGCCGACCGCGCGGAGCUCGUCACCCUCGAGGAGCUGGACUACGAAUCGCCGAAGAAGAGGUUCGAGCUGUACGUGCGAGCCGCCUCUCCGCCCCUCAGGUCUGACGUCCUGGUCCAGGUCCUGGUGACGGACGUCAACGACAACGCGCCGGUCCUCAAGGAUUUCCGGAUCAUCUUCAACAACUUCAAGGACUUCUUCCCCAAUGGGCCCAUUGGCAGGAUCCCGGCCUUCGACGCCGACGUGACGGACAAGCUGGUGUACUCCAUCCUGGCCGGGAAUAACGCCAACCUCGUGACCCUGAACAGGACCUCCGGGGAGAUCAGCCUGUCGCCCCAGCUCAACACCAACGUUCCUCGCAUCGCCACCAUGGAUGUCUCCGUGACGGACGGCGUCAACGAGGCCAAGGCCACGAUGACCCUCUCGGUCCGGCUGAUCACCGACGAGAUGCUCCUCAACUCCAUCACCGUCAGGCUGGACGACAUGACGGUCGAGGCCUUCCUGAGUCCUCUGCUGGGCUACUUUCUGGACGGGCUCGCGGCCAUAAUCCCCUGUCCCCGGGAAAACGUCUUCGUCUUCAACGUCCAGGAGGACGCCGACGUGCACGGCAAGAUCCUGAACGUGAGUUUCUCUGCGCGCAGAGUCGAGCCCGGGACCGCCGACGAGUUCUACAGCCCGCAGUUCCUGCAGGAGAGGGUGUACCUGAACCGCGGAAUCCUGGCGCGGCUCGCCACAGUGACGGUCCUCCCGUUCGACGACAACCUGUGCGUCCGGGAGCCCUGCCUGAACUUCGAGGAGUGCGUGACGGUCCUCAAGUUCGGGAACGCGUCCGGCUUCGCCAGCAGCGACACCGUGCUCUUCCGACCCAUCUACCCGGUCACUACGUUCGCCUGCGACUGCCCCCGGGGGUUCACCGGGAGUCUGGAGGCGUUCCUCUGCGACACCGAGGUGAAUCUGUGCUACUCGAAUCCCUGCAAGAACGGAGGCACCUGCCACCGGAGAGAGGGCGGCUACACCUGCGCCUGCGGCGAGUCCUUCACCGGGCCAGAGUGCGAGGUUUCUCUGGCCGAGGACACCUGCGCUCCGAACUGGUGCAAGGGCGGCUCCCAGUGCCUGACCCGGACCGACGGCGGCUUCCUCUGCGAGGCUUGCCCGGUUCCCUCCAAGGAGGACGCGACCCCCCUCUGCGAGCUCAGAGCCCGGAGCUUCGGGCCCUCCACCUUCCUGACGUUCCCCUCCCUGAGGCAGAGGUACCGACUGCACCUGCGGCUCCGGUUCGCCACGGAGGCCACGGAUGGGGUGCUGCUGUACAACGGGAGAUACAACGAGCGGCACGACUUUGUCGCCCUGGAGAUCGUCGACUCCCGGGUGCGGUUCAGCUUCUCGCUGGGAGACGAGGUCACCGAGGUGAGCGCCGGCGUCCCCGGGGGAGUCUCCGACGGCCGAUGGCACUCGGUGGAGGUGUCCUACGUCAACCGGACGGUCACGAUCGCCCUGGACGACUGCGACGUCGCCCUGGCCCUCAAGUACGGCGACCGCCUCGGCCGGAAGUGGGCCUGCGCGGGGAGGAGCGAGCGAGUCCUGGAGCCCCGGUGCGGUCUCGUCACGGAGUCCUGCCUUCGUUUCCUCGACCUGACGGGGCCCCUGCAACUCGGCGGCCUGCCGGCCAUCCCCACGACCUUUCAGAUCGAGAACAGGGACUUCGUGGGGUGCAUCGGCGAUCUGCGCGUCGACCACGAGUUCGUGGACCUGAACUCCUUCGUGGCCGACAACGGGACCGCCGCAGGCUGUCCCGAGAAGAGGCCCUUCUGCGCCUCGGCGCCCUGCCGGAAUGACGGAGGUUGUCGGGAGGUCUGGUCGGGGUACGUCUGCGAGUGCCGGGAGGGCUUUGCCGGCCCCACCUGCGCCGAGGAGGUGGAGAAGCCCUGGCGGUUCCGUGGGGACGGGCUCCUCGGAUUCAACCCCCUCCUCAGGCCCAUCCAGCUGCCUUGGGUGACGGCCCUGAGUCUCCGCACCAGGAGGGAAAGCGCCUUCCUGAUGAGCGUGCAAAUCGGACAGAACGGCACGGCGACUCUGGCCUUGGACGAGGGCAGAGUGGUGGCGUCCCUGGACGGGGUCGAGGUCAUCCGCUCCGGGACCGGCGUCGCCGACGGGGAGUGGCACAGGGUGGAGGUGUCCUGGCGGAGCGGCCACGCGGCUCUGGAUCUGGACUACAGGAGCAGGCCGCUGGUCUCCCCGCUGCCCGCAAAGCUCCAGGGGCUCUAUGUGGGCAGGAUCCUCGUGGGCGGGCCGGACCAGCCCCUGGCGGGCGAUUUGCCCUCCUUCGACGGGUGCGUGCAGGACAUCCGGAUUGGGACCAAUCAGAGCGUCCUUCAGAGACCCACCGUGCAGGAGAACGUCGGGGUGGGCUGCGAGACCGACGAGGAGUGCGACGCCGACUGCCCCGAGACCACGACCUGCCUCACAGGGUGGGAGUCCAGCAGGUGCGAGUGUCUACCCGGCAGGGUGGGUCGCGACUGCCGGCCCGUCUGCGAUCUGAGUCCCUGCAGCGAGGCGGGCACCUGCGUCGAGGACGGCUCCGCGGCGAAGGGGUACGUCUGCGAGUGCCCCUCGGAGGAGUACUCGGGCGAGUACUGCGAGAUCCGGGCCGAGCAGCCCUGCCCCGCGACCUGGUGGGGCUCCCCCGUCUGCGGGCCCUGCCACUGCGACGAGUCCAGGGGGUACGACCCCGUCUGCAACAAGACGACCGGCGAGUGCUACUGCAAGGAGAACCAUUACCAACCUCCAGGUGAAAAGGAGUGUAUCCCCUGCGAGUGCUACGCCACCGGGAGCUUCGGGCCCAGGUGCGAUUCCGAGACCGGGCAGUGCAGGUGCAGGACGGGAGUCAUCGGGAGGUCCUGCACCGACUGCCCCAACCCGUACGCGGAGGUCACUCUGAGGGGCUGCGAGGUCGUCUACGACGGGUGUCCCAAGUCCUUCUCGGAGGGACUGUGGUGGCCCCGGACCAAGUUCGGGACCCUGGCCGUCGAGGACUGCCCCGCGACCGCCGAGGGGAGGGCCUCCAGGUCCUGCGACGACAAACUCGGCGGAUGGCAGGACCCCGACCCGUUCAACUGCACCUCCGAGGGCUUCGUGGAACUCCGCCAUCAGCUCGCCGCGCUGGAGGACGAGGAGCUGACCGUCAAUACGUACGUCGCGAUGAAGAUGGCCGCCGACCUGCACCGAGCGGUCAACGUCACCAAGUCCAUGUACGGGGCCGACCUGUUGGUGGCCGAAUCUCUGCUCACGGCGCUCCUCGAGUACGAGGAGAGCCUCGCCGGGCUGAACCUCACCCAUAGUCAGGACAAGGACUACGUUUCCCACCUGGUCGGCGUGGCAAGCGCCGUCCUGAGGGCGGCGCACCUGAAAAACUGGAACAGGAUCGAGGCGCUGACCAAGGACGGUCCGGACGUCGUCCUCGGGGCGAUGGCCAAUUACCUUAAGACGCUCGCCGCCACGCAGCACGACACCUUCACCAGCCCCUUCGAGGUCGUCGACGCGAACGUCGUACUCGGCCUGGACGUGGUGACCUCGGAAAGCCUCUUCGGCUACGAAGCCACGGAGUACAAGGAAGAUCCCACCCUUUCCACGGCCAGGCCGUCCGAGGCGGACCAGAAGGUCAUUCUACCGGACACCUCGGCCUUCUUGACCUCGCCCGUCCAUCUGGGACCUUCCAUCGGGUUCCCCAAGUACAACAACUACAUGGCCGACCCGAAGAGGUUCGACCCCUAUUCCAGGAUUCAGGUGCCAUUGAGCCUCCUCGGGAUCAAACCCCUGGCGCAGGGAGAACUCAACGCGAAGAACAGUCUAAAUAAUCAAAAGGCCGUUUUGAGCUACGUGCAAUACAGGGAAUUGGGUGCCCUGCUUCCUAGACGAUUUGACGAUUCCGUGGCAGGGCGAUGGGGGGUCGAGGUCGCCGUAGGGUCUCCCGUCUUGACGGUGUCGGUCCUGGUUCCAACGGAAAGUGGCUACGAGUCCAUCACGGGAAUUCCUUUGCAAUCGCCCGUUCAGAUACGGCUGUGGCUCAACGCGGAGGAUCGCCUCAAGACUAGGACGAAUCCGCAGUGCGUGCACUGGAGCACAGCCAGAGGGAUCGGCGAAUGGAGUCGCAUGGGCUGUACCACCGAAGUCGAAGACGCGUCCUCGAUCGCGGGUUCCAUCGUGAACUGCUCCUGUCUCCAGUUGUCAACGUUCGCGGUCCUCACCGACGUCCUGGACCUCGAAUACGUUCCGGAGCCCUCUCUUCUGGAAGACGUCACCAGCUAUAGCGCGUUCAUGCUGGCCUUGCCCCUGCUCUUGUCGGCUCUGCUCAUCCUGGCUUUAAUCCGCGGAGGCGGGACGAACUCGAACAGCAUCCACAAGAAUCUCGUUUUCUGCGUCUUCUUGGCGGAGACGCUGUAUCUCGUCGCCCUGAAGGCCAGAAAUCCGCUGGUUUCCAACGAGUUCCCCUGCAAGCUGACCGCGAUCGGUCUGCACUACGCCUGGCUCAGCUCAUUUGCCUGGGCCCUGGUCGACUCGGUUCAUCUCUACCGAAUGCUGACCGAGAUGAGAGACGUCAAUCACGGGCAGAUGAGGUUCUAUUACACCAUGGGCUAUGGCAUGCCUGCCGUCAUCGUCGGGUUGACCAUCGGCGUCCGAGCCGACCAGUACGGCAAUUUCUACUUCUGCUGGCUCUCGAUAUACGAGACCGUCGUCUGGGCCCUGAUAGGUCCCGUCUGCGCGGCCGUUCUGGUAAACCUCUGCAUCCUGGUGAUGUCGGUGCGCGCGGCCUUCACUCUUCAGGAACACAUAAUGGGCUUUGGCAACUUGCGGACGUUACUGUGGCUGUCCGUUGCAUCUUUACCGCUGCUUGGGACGACCUGGGCCUUGGCAGUCCUCGGGGCGUCCGAGAACUCGCCGACGUUGUCCUACUUGCUCAGCGUGUCCGUCGUCGCUCACGCGGCUUUUAGUCUGAUCGGCUACUGCUUCGUAAACGGCAGAGUGAGAAGAAACUUGUACCUGAGCCUACUUAAGUGCAUGGGCAAAAAGUCGCCGCUGCUGGAGGGCAGCAUGGGUAACGGCAGCAGCAGUCAAAACGUCAACGGGCAUUCGCGGUCCGCUUUGGCGUACUCCUCGGCGUACAGCGGGGCCGAAUCCAUGUGCAGAAGGGUCCACGUGGGCGUCUCCACGAGCAGCACGACCUCGCGUAGCACCAACAAGACGGGCUCGAGUCCGUACAGAAGCGACGCUCACUUGAGACACACCUCGACGUCGACCAGCAAUUACAACAGCGAUCGCGACCCUUACCUGUCGUCCAGGAAUCACCACUCGGUCUUGCACGCCAGACAAGAUGCCAACGAGCCUCGGGGUCAGCGAAGAGACUCCGAAUCGGACUCGGACGGAUCCCAGGGAGAAGGCGGGGGAAGAAGCUUGGACCUGGCCAGCUCGCACAGCUCGGACGACGAGGACGUCACCUCCAGGUCGCACAAAAACAUGGGCGUCUCGGUGCAGCAGCCGGUCUCGCACAGCUACCUGCCGAAUAUCCACGACAAUCCUGCCGACCACCUGAACAUACUUUGCUCGAACACGGAGCUCUUUCCGAACAUAAAGCCUAUCUACGCGCCUAGGUGGAGCUCGCAGCUGCCGGAAGCGUACCUGCCAUCCAAUGUUGACGCCCGAGGGAGCCAAUGGUCGGGCGGCACCGUGUCCGACAACGAGAUGGCGUCGAACAAGACUUCGAGUCCAAACCCCCUGCCUUAUCCGGACAUGAACUCGCCCCAGAAGAACCAGACCGACGAGAAUUACUCCGAGGGCGAAGAGAAGCUCCACCACCUCGGGGAGAAGUAUCUGUUCCCCUAUACUGCCGAGGAGGACCACACCGUCUCCCCCACCCCGUACAUGCUCUCCAUGUCCUCCCGAAUCCUGGCCUCGAGCAUGAGCCACCAUUCCCAGCACUCGAACCACGAGAACCUCAGCGGCUCCGAGAGGUACGGGAGCCUGAAGAGAGGGCAGAGUCUCCACGGAUCUCGGCAGGACAAUCUGAGCGGCUCCGAACGGUACGGGAGCCUGAAGAGGGGCAAGGUCACUCCCACCGUUUUGGAGGACUCCCCCGAGUACAUCCUUCCCCUGAGCGGCAGGAUACUCUCGAGCUCGUUGACGCACGAUCUGCAACACAGCAAUGAAUUAGCGGCACUAAGGCAGCAGCAACCGUCGUACGAGCAAACCAUCACGGAAACAGAGAAGGAUACUAACGCCGAAACGUCCGUCUGACAAUCUCCGAAUUGCAAGCAACUACCGUACAAAGUAACGUUCUAGGAUAGUCAUUAACAUGCAGCGAAUCGAAAGACCUUUAGUACAUUUAGGAAUACGUAUAUUUUAAGCAGUGGCCAUGACUGUACUUAAAGCCACAAUGAUUAGCGUGCAUGUGCGAGUGCCUGUUGACGUAACGCCCACAUCGUAAUUUCGAUUCGGAUCAUUUCGAACCCCAUUUCGAAUGAUUUAGCUCGAGCACUUGGAUUUAAGCGACGACCGGGCUCAUCAGCGAUUGCCGAUCAUCGCGCGUAGCGGUACACAGGUUUCCAGUGAUACGUUUUAGUUAGAAGUGACCGACUAACGGCAAUCGCGCAGACUGGACACCCGGGAAAGAUGAUCUCUAGCUCGUUUAAUCGAAAGGCUUCGUAGCAAAACUAUCCUCGAGUAAAGAACGCGGAUUGUAGAGCUUCUCAAUUGUAAAUUAAUUCAGGGGGAAAGAGUGGGGAGUAUAAUUACGUACGGUGUACCGAACUCGUAGACCUAGGUAAAGAGUAUCUUCGAAUGGAUUUGCUACGCAGCCCUUUGAUCGCUCUCGUACUUAAAGUAAUCAUUCCUUUGUACCUUACCUCUUAGCUCCACUAUUGUGCAAUGUAUACAUUCCACGUUUCUUUAGAGUAUUCUUUUUAUACAUCUUUCGUACCGUUUGCAAUUUUAUUUACGCGCAAGAAGGACGUAGUACUUAAACGCGGCAUCGCGUAAUACUCAAACCAUGUAUAUAUUUGUACGGAGAAACGUGACAAAAUACAUAAUUUAUAUACCCGCG